AUAUGGAUUUGAAGAUCUCCUUUGUAAAUUGUCAGUCCAAUGAUAUUCUAGUGAAAUUUCAAGGAAAAUAUAUUUCGGACUGUGAACUUGAUUAUCAUAUAUUGCAAAAUGAAAUUCAGCUUGCCCCUAAAGUUAAAGCCAACACUGGCAUUGGAGAGUUUUGUUUGAUACAAGACAAACCAUUUGGAACUUGGAACAGAGGAAAGAUUUUGGAUAUAAUAAGUGGAAUAUAUGAAGUUCUGUUGAUUGACCAAGGCAAUGUAGUCAAAGUUAGCUCCUGUUACAUUGCCUCAGCUUCUGGGGAAUUGUUUAACCUUCCUCCAAAAGUGGUCAGUGGUAUUGUUUCCAACAUUCUUCCAACUGGAGAAAAGUGGACUCCUAAAGCAGUAAAUUACUUUUCAUCUUUGGUUGGACUACAAAUCAGAGGCCACGUGCAAACAUUUUUGCCACAUCAAGUCGUCCUAUUGGAGAUUCCAAAAGUGAUCAACUACUCCAUCGAGCUAAACUUGGCAAAGUACAUUGAUUCUAAUUCGUUCUGUCUUCUCGUUGACAUUAUUCACAAAUUUCCAACAAACUCAAAUUGGAAACAAAUGCCUGACUUAUUGCAGCAGAGAAAGAUACAUUCUGAUUUCUCUCUCCGUUUAAGUGAUAAUCCUCCUAGUUUUAAAAAGGUACUGGAUCACCUUAAACCUAACCUAUCGCUUGGCACCACUGAAAAGGUUAGGAUCUCCGCUGCUAUGAGCACAGAUCGAUUUUAUUGUCGUCUUUUGUCAUGGGAGGAAGAUUUGAAUAAUUUGACUGCUUCUAUGACUUCACACUAUGAAGCCAUUAAUGCGGAACAAAAUACAGUAUCAGACUAUUUUGGUGUACUCUGUGCCGCAAAAAGAAGAGAUGGGUUAUGGCACAGGGGAGUAAUACAUAAGCUUAUUUCUGGUGAAGAAGUGAGAAUUUGGUUUAUGGAUAUAGGAAGCUAUGAAACAAUGUCUUCUUCUAAUAUGCAGAAACUUCAACUGGAGUUUCUGUCCUUGCCAAUGAUGGCUAUCCCCUGUUCACUUGCGGCAGUUAGUGACCAAACUGAAAGUACCCGAAAUAUGCAACUGAUGCAAAUCAAACAAGGCCUGCUAGGAAAUAUAAUUAUAGCCCACAUCAACCAAUUUUGUAGUGAAGAGCAUCUGUAUUAUGUAACUUUGUAUGAGAAGGACUACGAGCUAAAUGUAGAAUGCCAGCUGUCAAAUGAGCAUGUUUCCAAGAUCUCAGAGGCUAACGGGAAUUUCCAUAAUGCAGCAGUCUCCAAAAAAGAAGAGCGAAAACAAUCACCUGUAUCCGCUUUAACUGAAACUGAAAACGAUGACAUUGAAACAAUAACUUACAAAACUAUACAAAUGGAUGUAGAUUCAGUCCAUGUGGUAUUUGUGGAGUACAUAUUAAACCCUUCUAAUUUUUGGAUAAGGACUGAUGACUGUCAGCAUGCAUAUUCAGCCAUGAUGGAGGAUAUUACAAAACUGUAUGAUUCAUGUGGACCUGCUGAAAAACUUCUUGAAGACUUGGUACCUGGCCAGCUUUGUUGUGCCCUUUAUACUAAAGACCGACAUUAUUAUAGAGCUGUCAUUACUGAAAUAAUGGACUUGGAGGUCACGGUUUAUUUUUUGGAUUUUGGGAAUACUGAAACUGUUGACCGUUGCAAUGUUAAAACGUUGUUACCACAAUUCACUAUUUUGCCUGCGUUAGCUAUGUGCUGCACGCUGGCUUAUGCAUAUCCUGUUGAAGAUGUGUGGGUGAAAAGUGCCAAUGAUUAUUUUAAACAAAUUGUUUCUGAUAAGCCCCUUUUUUGCCACGUUCUUGCAAAACAGAAAUACAAAUAUGUGGUUGAUAUACGGAAUUCAGAAAGCUCUGAAAACUCAAAUAUUGUUGCACUUAUGGUUCAGGCUGGAUUUGCGGAGAUCUGGAAGAUUGAACUAAAUCCUGCAGCACCCAAUAUGCAGAGCAACUCUCGGCUUCACAAAACUGUGAAAUUAAGCACACAGAUUGCUCCCAAAGAUAAAUCCUCAGAUUAUUCAGAAACGUGGGAUUCUGCAACAACUACUGAACCUACUAUUACUUAUAAGCAGUAUACAUUUAAACCUGGGACUGCAGUGGGUGUAAAUGUUUCACAUGUAAACACACCAGCAGAUUUUUGGUGUCAACAGCUUUCCAAAUCUUCACAGCUAAAUGUCUUGAUGUUAGAAAUUCAAAAAUACUAUUCUACUUGCAGAAGUAUGUAUCAGCCAGGACAAAUAGCUUGCGUUGCUAAACGUAUAUGUGACGGUAUUUUUUACAGGGCUUCAGUCACAAACCAGACCUCAGGAAAAAAAACUGAGGUGCUUUUUGUGGACUAUGGCUUUCUUGAGAAAGUUCAAUUUUCCGAACUCAGGGAAAUUAAAUCACACUUUCUUAAACUAGAAGGUCAAGCAUUUCGCUGCAGCUUGAAUGCAGUUGCUCCUGUAUGGACAUCUGCAGCUUGUAGGGACUUUAAAAAAUUUGUUCAAGCAACCACUACGAAUUUAAAAUGCACCAUCUAUGCACUGUAUAGCGGAGAGACUUCUGGUCUCUGCAAUGCAGUAAAAUUGGAAAAUCCUUAUAAGGAUGCCUGCCAGUAUUUAGUUGAAAAAGGACAUGCUGUUGUCGUCUGUGACACUAUUCAGUCUGUCAAUCUACACACUUUCUGUUAUUCUGACUUUGGUAUUAAAGUUGGAGACAAGGAGCAAGUUUAUGUUACUUAUUUUUAUAACUCUGGGAAAUUUUACUGCCAACUUGCUAGGAAUACCAGCGUGAUUGAAGAACUAAUGGAGAAUCUCUCUAGAAUUGGAGAGAAAAUAAAGCCUGAAGAAUGUACAGGGAAAAAAAGCAGUCUGUGCAUCGUAAAGUACUCGGAAGAUGGUAAUUACUACAGGGCUGUAACUUGUCCUGUAACAACUUCAUCUUGCUUUGGUGCCUUUUUUGUUGACUUUGGAAACAACCAGAUGGUAACUGAAAACGAGAGACUACCUAUUCCAGGUGAUGCCGCAGAUAUAUUAUGUGUACCAAUGCAGGCCAUUCAGUGUUCAUUUUUUGAUUUAAGAGAUACUAUUAUCACACCCAAAGUUAAAAAAUGGUUUGAGGAUCACUGCAUCGGUAAAUUACUGAAAGCUGUAGUUGUUGCGAAAAACAGUGAUGGGCAACUGGAGUUAGAGCUGUAUGAUGGAAAGAUCCUAAUAAAUCAAAAGAUUAAGGACCUCUUGGGAACAAGUUCCCAUAUAGAGACUUCUGAAAUGCCAGUGAAACCUAGUAAUGGAUACACUGAAAAUGGAAAUACUAAAACCAACACCAUACAGUGCAAACCAAGAGGAAAACAGAGUCUGAAGCCAGAUUUGAAUGGCGAAGAUCCCACAAUUUCAAACCAAAUUCCUAUGGACACAAACCUUGCACAGAAAUCAAAACCCAGAAGUGACAGAAGUGUUAAAUGUAAAACUUCUGAGCUGCAGACAUUGAAAAAAACUGUUGUAAAGUGCAGUGAUCUUCCACAAGAAAAUAUUGAGCCAGGCACAACUCUCAUUGGAUAUACUUGUCAUAUAAAUAACCCGGAUGACUUUUAUAUCCAGCUUGCCGAACAUGAGGAAACCAUUCUGCUUCUUGCAGAGGAUUUAAAUAAAGAAAAUGCAUCUUUUCAGGUGAUUUCAGUGAAUGACUUGAAAACUGGCAGUUUAGUUAUAGCUCGAUACCCAGAGGAUUUGGCUUUGUAUCGAGCAGUCAUUAAAGAAGUUAAGGAAGAGCAUGUCUUUGAAGUAGAAUUUAUUGACUAUGGUAAUACAGCAAAUGUAGAUUCCUCAAACAUAUUCAUGCUUCCAGAUAACUUUUUGACUACGCCUAAGUUAAGCAUCCAUGCUUCUCUUAGUGGACUUGAUGAUUUGCAAACAAGCGAUAAAUGGAGUGAAAAUAUGCUCUCCAGCUUCUCUGAUCUGGUCAACAGCAAACCUUUGAGUUUAACUUUCAUAAGUGUUCUUAACUCAUGGUGGAAGAUCUGCUUAACCUAUGAAGGUAAGACUGUAGCAGAUGAAUUUAUAAGCCUCUUUAGAACAAGCAUUCAAAAAUCCCCUUCUGUAUCAAAAGAAUAUAUCCCUGAGUUAUGUCUAGCAGUUGAUUGUGAAAAAGCUGUAGACAUGGUCGGCAAGAUUGAAUCUGAUCAUCCAGUGCCAAGUCAGAGUUUUCAGCCCAGCCAGUUGGAAAAAGUGAAAUGUGUUUUCUUUUCGGACUGUGGAAUAUUCUUUGUUACAUUAGAACAAAAUUCUCAGGAAUCUAAUUUAACUUCACUGAUAUCUUCUACUGUCCACAAAGCUGACAACAGGCUUGUUGUGAAAAAUAUUACCGAGGGGAUGGUGUGUUUAGCAAAAUCUGUUAAAAUGGAAAUGUGGUUCCGUGCAACCGUGGAGAAGACCUAUCCAGAUAAAAUGAAAAUGCUGGUAUUCUUUAUUGAUCAUGGCACAAGGGAAACUAUAAGUAUGCACAAUGCAAAAAUGCUGGAAGGUGAUAUACUAAAUAUCCCAAAGCAGGCAGUAGCCUGUAAAUGGGUUUGGGCUAAAAAUGUAGACGAAGCAUCAUUUAGAAAAGCGGUGUUAUCGAACAUUCAAAAAAAUAUUCAGGUCCUUUUUCUCGAUUUCAUGUCCUCAGACAGUGCUUGGAAGGUGGAGGUUUUGAUAAGUGGCUCACUUCUAAUGGAGCAUUUUCAUAAUAGAGGCUUUGCAGUAUAUGAUAAAUGUAACGUUCCAAGCACUUGUGACAAUUCAGGGGCCCUGUCCUUUCCAAAAUUGUCAGUUCCAGUGGCCCAAUUCCAGUUUAUGACACUCUACCCUGUCUUUGUAACUGCGGCCAAUGAUCCAUCAGACUUCUGUCUUCAGUUAGAUGAUUGCGAAGACACAAUUAAUAACCUAUCAGAAAUGAUGGCAAAUCUUCCCAGCGAGAUCCCCUCUUUGCCAUCUAAUUCACUCGCCCUUGGAUGUGUUUGCCUUCUAAAGUGCUUUUCUGGAAAAGAGUGGUGCCGAGUGGAAAUUGUAGGCAUAGUGAAUAAUUUCAUUUUGCUGAACCUUCUUGAUUAUGGUGUGUUCAAGAAGAUCCUUUACGUGGAUAGUGAUGCAUUAAAAAUCAUACCAAAAGAACUUGCAAGUUUUCCAGCGCUAACCUAUCACUGCACACUACACGGUGUGAUUCCUCAUGGAUCCCAUUGGUCCAAAGAAGCAACUGACUUUUUUUUGCAAUUUGUAAAAAAACACGACACGAUGAUACAGUUUAUUAAAACAAGUGCCAACAACAAAUUCGAAGUUUGUAUAUAUGGUGAAGGUCAAGGAAGGCUAGCUUAUCAGUUGGUUUCCAAAGGACACGCAAGGCACAAUGAAAAUGAAGACCCAAAGUCCUAUUCUGAAAAUGUUUUGGAAUCCGAUAUGAAAAAUCUGAAGGUAUCACUCUUUAAGAAUACAUGAAAUGACCGGACUGCUGCUCUUUAACUUCAUAUAGUGU